AUGGAUGGCAUGGAACUCAGGAAACUGCGGAAGAAGCUGCGACAAAUUGAAACUUUAGAACACCUACCUCGGGAACUGACCCCCUGUGAGACUGCAAAGGUAUUGCUUAAGGUGGAACUGCGCAGACACAUAGAAGAAAUAUUGUCUCAAAAUCUGGAACCAGAAUCUGAGGAUACUGGUACCAAAGAAAAAGAACAUGGCAGCUUGCAACCGUCUUUGCACCCGGAGCCUCCAGUGAAAAAGCACACUCCUCCUAAAACAGCCCCAAAACAGACGGCGGCUCAGCCUGCUCCAAAAGUAAAACUAAAGAGUCGAGGUCCACUACAGGACUCCCAGUUCCUUGUUCGCAGCUUGGAAGGCCACAGCGAUUUGGUAACUGCUGUCCUUAUCCAUGACACAUAUAUAAUCUCUGGGAGCUGGGACACAUCAGUUCGUGUGUGGGACCUGUCAUCUUGCUCGGAGUUGAAGACGCUGUGCGGUCACACAGGAGCGGUCACAUGUCUGGCUUUGGUCUCACUGAAGGACACACAGCUAAACUCCAGUCUCUUACCACCACGUGAACACUUUGUCUGCAGUGGAUCAGCAGACAGCAGCAUCAAGGUCUGGAGUCUGAUCACAGGUCAGCCUCUGCUCAGCAUAUAUACUUUCUCGGCAGUUUCAGCCAUUGUUCAUAUACCAGACACUAGACUGAUUAUAUCUGGAUCUGACGGUGGAAAGAUUGAUGUCUGGGACCUGGAAACACAGGAAAACUUGCAGUCAAAAAGAACGCAUGAAGAAAAAGUGACAGCCUUGCAGUUCCACGCUGGAUUGCUGUAUUCCGGUUCCUCAGAUGGUUUCCUGAAGGUUUGGAAAGUCUCCACCUCUGGAUCGCUGAGUCUCCUGCACUCCUGCGACAGUCUGUCACUCCCUCUGCGGGGUCUGUAUGCUGUCUGUGCCACUGCAGAUCGCAUAUAUGUAGCGAACCAAGGAGCUUCUUUAAAAGCCGUGGACUGGAAACAAGAUGGCCUCACCCGUCUCUCCAAUCACACUUCAGGCUCCGGGUUUGUCGAUGCUGUUGCCGUCACUCCUGACAACUUCCUUGUGGCUUCCGGGUUUAAUCUAGAUCAGGGCCAUGGCUUCCUCAAUGUGCGCGAUGUAAAAACGGGCCAAUACCUGAGCACACUGUCCCAUCCGGACGUCUCCCGCCUCCUGUGUCUCGCCUUGUGUCGCGCUUCCAAUGGGCUCUGCCGUUGGGUGACAGGAGGUAAAGAACUGCUGAUGUGGGAGGAGCUACCAAAAAGAGCUGCAGGAGAUAUCUCAGCAGUUCAGGUCCAGUUUUGUGCAGAGUUCCUGAAUCCUGCUCCAGAAAGUGAGUCAGAAGAGGAUGAAGGGGAAGAUCUGUGGGAGUCGGAUGAUGAAGGCCCACCUAGCGAUGCGCCAUCACAGACAAGCAGCUGGCCUUGGUGCCUGUUACAGUAACGCAGAGAAUUUCACAGUCAUUGACGUCUCUCUUUCUGUUCAUCUGUUACACUUAAAAUUAUUUUAUUAAAAAUAAAACUGCCGUUAAAACUCAGAAGAGCAGAUACUGUAUAUAUAUAUCUAUAUACACUCAGAUUUCUGGUUGGUAGUGACAGUCACAACAUGGACGUCGGGGGUUAAGCCCUUAGUGAGGUUAAGUCACGUGUUAACAGUCACACAUGCAGUCAUAGAGAACAAUAUUAUUACAUAAUUAUUCUAUCACAAGGCCUUCAGGGCUUCACAGUCUCCCCCACAGGUAGCCCUGGUAAUAGUGGUUAUGUGUGACCAUGCCUACAUACAUGUAAUAGAUUAUAUGUACACACACAUACAGCCCUAGACGUGGGGCUACUCCUGUCUAUCUGAGGUCAUCUUCACUUGGCUGUUGUCCGUGAAUGGCUGGGUCCUCUCAAACGAUCAUUU